GAGGGGGGGGCACAGACAGAAAAGAAACAAACAAGUAACAAUGUAACUUACAUGCAGUCACACACCCCUUUUUCUUGUAACAAUGUGUACGUUUUUAAGGAGGGAGGGGGCGCGCGGAGAGAGAAAGAGAGACGGAGAGAGAUAGAGAAAGGAGGAGGGGGGUGCGUUCUGAAAUAAUAUAGUCAGCCAUUUUUUAUGUAAGGGGAUUUUUUCUUAUUGGGGGGGUUGUUAAAAAAUAAAUAUAAGAGGGCGGCCAUCUUUGUUGCUCUGCCUAGUGUAAAAUAUUCCAAAACGCCCCCCACUUUUUUCUGUGCCGAUUUGAAUAUUAAAUAAAUAUCAUAUAUUCGGGCAAGAAUACGCUUUUUUGAAUACAAGGACGGAUCCAAUGACAGGAAUAUAAUGUCCUCUCCUCUCCGGUCCUGUGAGGAAGACGAGGGCAUGGUGGUUAAUUCCGAGGGAGGAGAUUUUGAUGAAGAAGACGACGACGGAGACCUAGACGAGAACGCAAGCGACAUAAACUCGCCGGCGGCGCCUCGGGAAACUGCAACACCAGCCGCGCCAGACGAAGAGGUAGAGAUAUCAGACAGAGAGGUCCCGUGCAGGAAGAAAGGAAGACCGAAGAAAAAGAAGGAGGCGAAGAAGAAGGAUAAAGAGGGGAAACCCGUCAAAGCAAAAAAACGCAAGAAGAUUGACAGUGAUGUAGACAGAGACUCGGACAGAGAAAGAGACUACGGUGAGAACUCAGACAGCGUAGCCAGCGACUAUGGAUCUGGUGAGAAAAAGAAAAAGAAGAAACAUAAAGAAAGGAAGGAGAAGAAAACAAAGAAGAAGAAAAAAGAUGAUGGGGACCGAGACAGCAGUCAGGAAGAAACAACAAAGCAACCAAUAGAGCAGAAGACCUCGGCCCAGCUGGCGAAGGAGUGGGGUCUGGAGGAUGUUGACCAUACCUUCACAGAGGAAGACUACAGGGAACUCACCAACUACAAAGCCUUCAGCCAGUUCAUGAGGCCAAUGAUAGCCAAGAAGAACCCUAAGAUCCCCAUGUCAAAGAUGAUGACCAUCCUGGGGGCCAAAUGGAGGGAGUUCAGCUCUAACAACCCCUUCAAGGGCAAUGCCGCUGCCGUAGCGGCGGCCGCUGCGGCCGCCGCCAUCGCCGUUGCCGAGCAGGUCUCUGCAGCAACCGCCUCGCCUGAGCCGCCACCGCAGCCUCCGCCAAUCAGGAAGGCCAAGACGAAAGAGGGCAAAGGCCCUGGCUAUAAGAAGCGCAGUAAAAGCCCUCGAGUUUCAGACAAGAAAAAGGCUCUGGCAAAGGCUAAAAAGAUGGCACCCAUUCGCAUCAAACUGUCACCCAUAGGUGCCAAGAGGAAGAAGAGCUGCUCAAGUGAGGAUAUGGACGAGGAUGAGUCUGAGCAGGAGGACUCCAGCGUUCACAGCUCCUCGGUUCGCUCUGACAGCUCAGGCCGUGUCAAGAAGAACAAGCGAGGACGGCCUGCCAAGAAGAAGAAGAAAAUCCCAGGUGAAGAGGAAGGGGACGGCUAUGAGACUGAUCAUCAGGACUACUGCGAGGUGUGUCAGCAGGGGGGAGAGAUCAUCCUGUGCGACACCUGUCCCAGAGCUUACCACCUCGUCUGCCUUGAGCCUGAGCUGGACAAGGCCCCUGAGGGCAAAUGGAGCUGCCCGCACUGCGAAAAAGAGGGAAUCCAGUGGGAAGCGAAGGACGAGGACUUUGAGGAUUUUGAGGAGGACAGUGAGGACAGAGUGAUAUCAGAGAUCGGGGUUGGGAUCCCCACCGGGGCAGAGGAGGAGGAUGACGACCACAUGGAGUUCUGUCGGGUGUGUAAAGACGGAGGCGAGCUGUUGUGCUGCGACACCUGCACCUCAUCCUACCACAUCCACUGUCUGAACCCACCGCUGCCAGAGAUCCCCAAUGGAGAGUGGUUGUGUCCACGAUGCACGUGUCCACCAAUCAAAGGUCGUGUACAGAAGAUCCUCCACUGGCGGUGGGGAGAGCCUCCGCCUCCCAUCCCUGUUCCCCCGGCUCCUGAUGCCCCACCGGACGCCCCACCACCACCACCCAUGAAGGGCAGAGCCGAGAGGGAGUUCUUUGUCAAGUUGGUCGGACAGUCCUACUGGCACUGUACAUGGAUCACUGAGCUCCAGCUGGAGAUCUUCCACUCAGUGAUGUACAGAAACUACCAGAGGAAAACAGACAUGGAUGAGCCUCCCAGUCUGGAUUACGGCUCGGGAGGAGAGGACGAGAACGGAGUGGGGAAGAGUGAAAAGAGGAGGGCCAAGGAUCCCCAGUACGCCAUCCUGGAAGACAAGUACUACAAAUACGGCAUCAAACCUGAGUGGAUGAUGAUUCACCGCAUCAUCAAUCACAGUGUGGACAAGAAGGGGGUGUACCACUACCUGGUCAAGUGGAGGGACCUGACCUAUGACCAGUGUACCUGGGAGAGAGACGACCUGGACAUCCCUGAUUUUGCAAUUUACAAGGCCAACUACUGGAGACACAGGGAUGCAAUAAUGAAGGAGGAUCCAGACAAACCCAGGAAGAUGAGGAACAAGAACCAGGAGGGUGAAGAGGAGUCUCCGGCCUCACCGGUCACUGAUCCUACGAUAAAAUACGAGGAGCAGCCAGACUUUGUCACAUCGACAGGCGGGACGCUGCAUCUGUACCAGCUGGAGGGUUUGAACUGGCUGCGGUUCUCCUGGGCUCAGGGCACAGACACCAUCCUGGCAGAUGAGAUGGGCCUGGGCAAGACCAUCCAGACCAUUGUCUUCCUCUACUCACUUUUCAAAGAGGGUCACACUAAGGGCCCGUUCCUGGUCAGCGCUCCGCUCUCCACCAUCAUCAACUGGGAGAGGGAGUUUGAGAUGUGGGCGCCCGACUUUUACGUGGUGACGUACACGGGAGACAAAGACAGUCGAGCUAUCAUCAGAGAGAACGAGUUCUCCUUUGACGACACUGCUGUCAAAGGAGGAAAGAAGGCUUUUAAACUGAGGAGAGAAGCUCCUAUUAAAUUCCACGUGCUGCUGACUUCCUAUGAGUUGGUGACCAUCGAUCAGACGGCGCUCAAGUCCAUCGACUGGGCCUGUCUGGUGGUGGACGAGGCUCACCGCCUUAAGAACAACCAGUCCAAGUUUUUCAGGCGUCUGAAUGACUAUAAGAUCGACCACAAGCUGCUGCUGACAGGAACUCCUCUCCAGAACAACCUGGAGGAGCUGUUUCACCUGCUCAACUUCCUCACGCCUAACCGCUUCAAUAACCUUGAAGGCUUCCUGGAGGAGUUUGCCGACAUCUCUAAGGAGGACCAGAUCAAGAAGCUCCACGACCUGCUGGGGCCUCACAUGCUGAGGAGGCUGAAGGCCGACGUCUUCAAGAACAUGCCCGCCAAGACCGAGCUGAUUGUCAGAGUGGAGCUGAGCCCUAUGCAGAAGAAAUACUACAAGCUGAUUCUGACCAAGAACUUUGAGGCUCUGAACUCAAAAGGCGGAGGAAACCAGGUCUCCCUGCUCAACAUCAUGAUGGACCUAAAGAAGUGCUGCAACCACCCCUACCUCUUCCCUGUUGCCUCCAUGGAAGCCCAAAAAACACCCAGCGGUGCUUACGAGGGGUCGGCCCUUACUAAGGCUUCUGGAAAACUGUUGCUGUUGCAAAAGAUGCUGAGGAAACUGAAAGAGCAGGGGCACCGAGUGCUGGUCUUCUCACAGAUGACUAAAAUGCUGGACUUAUUAGAGGAUUUCCUGGAUUAUGAAGGUUAUAAGUAUGAGAGAAUUGAUGGAGGCAUCACAGGAGCGCUGAGACAAGAGGCCAUUGACCGCUUUAAUGCUCCUGGUGCUUGUCAGUUUUGUUUCUUGCUCUCCACCAGAGCGGGAGGUUUGGGCAUCAACUUGGCCACAGCGGACACCGUCAUCAUCUUUGACUCUGACUGGAACCCUCACAACGACAUACAGGCGUUUAGUCGAGCCCACCGAAUCGGACAGGCCAACAAAGUGAUGAUCUACCGCUUUGUGACCCGAGCCAGCGUAGAGGAGCGCAUCACCCAGGUGGCCAAGAGGAAGAUGAUGCUGACUCACCUGGUGGUCCGGCCAGGCCUGGGGUCCAAGGCCGGCUCCAUGACCAAACAGGAACUGGACGACAUCCUCAAGUUUGGAACCGAAGAGCUCUUCAAGGACGAGGGAGAAGGUAUGAAGAACAGUUCGGGGGAUAAAGUUGAGGACGAGGGCAACGUGAUCCACUAUGACAGCACUGCCAUCGAGAGGCUGCUGGACCGAAGCCAAGACGCCACGGACGACUCGGACGUACAGAACAUGAACGAGUACCUCAGCUCCUUUAAAGUGGCCCAGUACAUGGUCCGAGAGGAGGAUAAGAUCGAGGAGAUCGAACGGGAGAUCAUCAAACAGGAGGAGAACGUGGAUCCGGAUUAUUGGGAGAAACUGCUGCGGCAUCACUACGAGCAGCAACAGGAGGACCUCGCGAGCAAACUGGGUAAAGGCAAGAGGAACCGCAAGCCUGUCAACUACAACGACGCUGCACAGGAAGACCAAGAGUGGCAUGCUGACAUUUCAGAUAACCAGUCCGAGUAUUCAGUGGGCUCUGAGGAGGAGGACGAGGACUUUGACGAUCGCCCAGAAGGUCGAAGGCAGUCACGUCGCCAGUUGAGGAAUGAGAAGGAUAAACCUCUGCCUCCUCUUCUGGCCAGAGUUGGAGGCAACCUUGAGGUGCUGGGCUUUAACACACGCCAGCGUAAAGCUUUCCUGAACGCAGUGAUGCGCUGGGGGAUGCCGUCUCAGGACGCCUUCUCCUCUCAGUGGCUGGUGAGAGACCUCAGGGGCAAGACUGAAAAGGAAUUCAAAGCUUACGUGUCCCUCUUUAUGCGUCACUUGUGCGAGCCAGUGGCUGACGGCGCGGAAACAUUUGCAGAUGGUGUUCCGAGGGAGGGCUUGUGUCGCCAGCCGGUCCUCACUCGAAUCGGCGUCAUGUCCCUCGUCAAGAAGAAGAUCCAGGAGUUUGAGCACAUCAACGGCCGGUGGAGUCUUCCAGAGCUCAAGCCUGAGGUCAACAUAGACAAAUCCUCCUCCAGGGCCUCCUCUCCCACAGUGAAGACCGCCACGCCAACCCCAGACGCCAGCUAUAACAACACACCGUGCACCUCCAAGCCAGCGACCCCUGCUCCAGCAGACAAGCUAGAAAAGAACGGAAAAGAGGGAGAGAAGGAGGAGGACAAAGAGGAAGGUGAGGCCCCGUCGGAGAAAGAGAAAGUGAAGGAGAAGGAUGAGGGGAAAGAGGUGGACAGCAACAAGACUGGAGACCCCGAAGAGCUUUCCUCCUCAACAAAAGACGCACUGCACAGUGUGUCUCCUGGUCAAAAAACUGAGGGCAAAGACGAGAGCGACCUGAAGGAGGUAGAGAGGAAGGAAACAACUGACGCUCCAGCGGCCACUAGUCAGGAGAAUAAAGUGCAGGAGGAGAGUAAAGAGGAGACAAAACAGACGUCAAAGCAAGACGCAGAGUUCAAAGAAGAGAAAUCAGAAGGAGAGAAGACAGGGGAGGAGAGAGAAAAAGACAAAGAAAAGCGCGAAGACAUACCCACAGCGACAGAGGUGACAGAUGCCAAGGAAAAGUCUGACUUGGCUGACGUGAAGAAAGAGGAAGUCAAAGGUGAAAAAGAUGCUGGAAAAGAUGUCAAAGCAGCUAAGGAGGAGGCACCCAAGGGUAACGGGAGGCCUCCGACUGAGCGACCUCGCUUCAUGUUCAACAUUGCAGAUGGCGGCUUUACUGAGCUGCACACUCUUUGGCAGAACGAAGAGCGGGCUGCCAUCUCCUCGGGGAAGAUGAACGAGAUCUGGCACCGCAGACACGACUUCUGGCUGCUGGCGGGAAUUGUGAUUCAUGGCUACGCUCGGUGGCAGGACAUCCAGAACGAUCCCCAGUUCGCCAUCGUCAAUGAGCCUUUCAAGUCGCAGGCGAAUAAAGGCAACUUCUUAGAGAUGAAGAACAAAUUUCUGGCUCGACGCUUCAAGCUGUUGGAGCAGGCACUAGUGAUAGAAGAGCAGCUGCGGCGGGCAGCCUACCUGAACAUGACCCAGGACCCCAGCCACCCAGCCAUGGCACUCAAUGCACGCUUUGCAGAAGUGGAGUGCCUGGCGGAGUCACACCAGCACCUCAGCAAGGAGUCGCUGGCAGGCAACAAGCCAGCCAACGCUGUCCUGCACAAAGUGUUGAACCAGUUGGAGGAGCUGCUGAGUGACAUGAAGGCCGAUGUGACUCGGCUACCGGCCACGCUGUCCAGAGUCCCGCCCAUCGCCGCCCGCCUGCAAAUGUCCGAGAGGAGCAUCCUCAGCCGACUGGCCAGCAAGGGCACUGAGACGCACACACCCCCGCCCAUACCUCCCGGACCCUACGCCACCCCUCAGAACUAUGGAGCCCCCUUCACCCCUGCCCCCCCAAGUGCCCUCCACAUGGGAGGGGCCAAUUACAGUCAGAUGCCACCCGGAUCCUUCAUAUCAGAAGCCGCCGCCGCUGCUGGGGCCACCGGGGGAGCUGCUGGGGGAGCUGCCGGAGGGCCAACCGCUGCCGGUGUUUGCCAGAAGACCAAGGAGCAUGAUGUGGUGCAGCGGCAGCGAGUGGUGGACCUCUGGAAGGACGGCAAGUCCGAAGGGGCCAUCGGGCAGGAGCUGAGGAUGCCCAAGUCCACGGUGCACAGCAUCAUCGUCAAGUACAGGCUCAGCAACACGGUGGAGAAUCUGCCGCGCAAUGGACGACCGAAGAAACCCUGAGGCCGGAGGGGGAGACCCAAUGAGGGGGAGCAAGAGAGGACAAUUUGGAUAAAAGAUCCUGGAAUGUAACAAAAACAGAGACUGACAAAGAGACAGUGGAAGCUGAAAAAGGAGAGACAUGAAAACCUGAAUGCAUUAGGAGGAAAUCCAAAAAGGACCCAAAGACAAGGCACUAUGACACUGCUGGAAAGUGAGGAAUAUAAAGGGAGAAGUAAAGCUCACUGGUUGGAGAUGAGAGCAAAAAGAAGAGGACAUGAAAAGUGAAGAAUAGUGGCACUAUGAUUCAUAAAAUAAAACAAGCAAUCAACCAAAGAGGGAGAGGGGGAGAAAGGUCCAAACUGCAAAGGGAGAGGUGAAAAGCUGGCCCUGAGAUCAAGCACUAAUGAUGCGUGGGGGGAAAAUAAGGCAGAGAGACAGAAAAAAGAAGCGAUGGACUUGUCUGGAACAAACAGAUCCUCAAGCAAAGGACAAAAAGGCGCUACUGAAUAAAAGCCCAAAAAUCUGACUUUGAGAGGAAAAGAUGUCUGGACUGAAGAGAGAAGGGAAAAAAGACAGCAUGUUAAUGCAAUCACAGGUUUUCAGGAAUUCAGAUAUGAGGGCCGAAUCGAAAAAUGCAACAGAGAUGGAUUUUUUUUUUCAUUCCUCCUCAGACAGAUUUCUCGACCUUUUUUCUGUUUCUCCCUCUGUGCUGAAGAAAAAAAAAAACGAAAAGAUUUCCCCCUGGAUCAAUUCUUCAUCCACCGGCUGACUGAACAAGCCUGUCCCCUCGCUCUGACCCUGUACUCCCUCAUUCCUCCACAGUCCUCUAUUCCUCCGUCUCUCUUUCUCAGUCUCUCUCACACACACAUACACUCUAGACCUCACACACAACCUGAAAACCUGCAAAGAAGCUAAUUUAUCUGCUGAGUACGAGCAGAUGAGAUUCAACCUCGAAAUAGAAAGGGACAAACUGGACUUAGAUUAUCUUGCAAAAAAGGAAAAGAAAGAAAAAAUAGUUUUCUAAGUAUAAAACACUACUUCCCAUGGACUUUUUUGCCCUAGCAUUCCUAAGUCCAACCAAGCGUAGAAGCAAGAACCAUAGAUAUGAAAAACUGAGACGUUGCCUUUGUCCAACAAUCAGUAGCAAUGUUGCUCUGACCCAAUCUGAUGGGCUGGUAUUGAAAUAUGUACUGUAUUACAAAGCAUAUUUACUAUUGCACCUUUUUUUUGAGGGGUCACUUAAAGGGGAAUAUCACUCAAGUGAAGUAUUUACAUUUCCUGUUUUUAAGUCUCAUCACAGCAAAAAUCAGUAUUUAUGAGCAGCUCUUCCCCAAAGCUAAAGACUGUAAUCUGUCACCGAAAGAAAAAGGGAGACUUCACUUUGAAGCCCAAAGAGACAUUUUUGUUCCUCGAGCUUCUUUAUUGUGACAGUGUGAUGGAUUCCACGCUGGAAAAUGUCCCCUGAUCCCAGAGAAAAUAAAACACUCUGGACUCUGUCAUAGUUUUUUUUCCAGCUUAGUGUUGUGUGCAGUAGAGCUGUACAUCAGUGUGACAUCCCAGAGUGGGGAGCAGGACGAACUCUACUGCCUCGUUUCUGGAAAGAGGAGACACAGUCCAGACUUCUUAAGGACGUAUGAGUAUUUUUAAGCUAAAAUUGAGUGGUAUUUCCCUUUAAGCUUGAAGGACAUAAAGACCAGAAAAGUGUGGCCUGCAAUGAGAAUAUACUGAGUGUGUAGGUUGAGGAAUGCUGUAUACGUGUGAAUGUGGUUUUUUUUUUUUUUUUUUGUACAUGUAUUUGUCCUAUUUUUUAUCAAAUUUUCGAUAUUGGUAGCAUUAUAAUUGCAGAGUUUCUCUUUUUUUAUUCCAGACACUGUUUUGGAUACCUUACUUUGAGGAAUAUGUUUUUCUACAAAAACCUUUUUUCUACUGCACAAAAUAAGCUAAACUUCUCAACGACAUCAGAUUAAUUCUGUCUUAACACAAAUCAGAAUUUUGCCUAAAUAUAAUACAGAGUGAAUUUAGCCAAAUUAUAACUCAAAGCUGCACUAAUCAAUAUCAUAUAUUAACAAUCAAUCAAAUUACUAUGUGUAAUGUGAAAGGGGCUCCUCACACUGACACAUGCACAGAAUUGUUACUUAAUUCUGUAGUUUCCCUCAGCUUUACAGAACAUUUUAACAUUUUUGAGUUUAUUGUUUUGGUUUUUGUGACACAACUCUACUGAUUUGAUUCAGUCCUGCCACUCUCAUCAAUCUGCUGCAGGCAGCUGUUUGAUAAACUUUAAUCUUCCUGGCAGGCAUUAAACAAAGUUAGCAACUAGCUGGUGAAUGCAGUGGAGCAUUUAGCAGCUAAAAAGCCACAUAUGACCUUCAGGGGUUGGUGGAGACCAAAACAGAGCUAAAAGGAGAGAAUACUGAUUUAAACUCAUUAGGUGUCUCCAAAUGAAUGUUUGUGUUGUUCCAUGCCUGCUGGAUGUAUAAAAAAGAGACAGUUUGCUAACACAUCAGCCAUUCAACUAACAAGGAUGUGUCGAUGCUGUUCAACCAUCAGUAAAAAAGAGCUGAGGUAUGAUUAGCAGCUGUAAAAGAAAACAAAACACACAUAGACAUGCAUGCAAGUUCAUGAGUGAAAUCCUUGAUUGAUUAUUUCACCUCCAACUGAAGCAUUUACUGCUUUCUCAAUCGAUUGAGAAACUUCUCCAACUCAAGGAUUUCUUAAACCGCUUUCAAGUCUCAGUUGGACGGACUCUUAAUUCUAAAAUCAAGCCUGUGCUUUUUUAGUUCCUGAAAAGUUGACAGUUCAGAGACACAAGGUUGUUCCUGAUGAAUGGUUUUGGCAUGGAUACACUCACGCAAAGCUUUUCAGCAAGCAAAAAUGUAAUGUUUCCUGCCAAGAUGGCAGCUUUCACUUCUAUCAGAUAGUAGGCAGGACCUACAGGGGAGAGACACGGGCUCACAUGUUGGCCAGGAAUGUUUUUUAUUGCCUCUCUGGCUUUAAAUGCUCCAUCCAGUGCAGCCCCAGAGUUUUCGGGCUAUUAAAGGAAUACAAUUGCUUGAAGUUUUAGGAAUUCUUAGAGAUCUGUCCAGGUGUGGGUUGUUGGAUUCUUUAUGUUUUUACUGAAACUACAGAUAAAUCACUGCCAACCUAAUUUGGGACCAAAAAUGUUUAUCUGUCUAACAAUGUCUGCUGCUACUGUAAUGGACAGGCUGCUAAAGAGCAAGUGAUGUGUAUGAAGAAAGAGGAGGAGGAGGAGGAGUUUGGUUGGACAGAGGUGAAGUAUUGCAGAAUGAACUUGGCAGUAGAGUGAAAUGUACGAUGUUGGACUAAGCAGAGGGAAUCUGUUAUCUGGUGUAAUACAGUACAAGUGCUUCAUUGAAUUCCUCCGUCCUGUUUUAUCUUCACGGCUUCUUUGCCUUAUAUGCCUUUUUGGUAGAGCCCAACUGAUACUGGGAUUUUGUGAGGCCAAUACCAAUAUUGAUAUGCAAAGUUAUAAACCUUGAGGCUUAAGUUUACUUUGUAGAAAUACAUCAGUGAGUCUGUUCACACUGUAGCCAAACUAAUUCCCAUUGUUUUAGUGAAGAAAUCAGUUAAUAAUAAAAUUGGUCCCCUUUCAAAAAUGCUGAAAUUACCAUGAAUGAACAGUUUAACAUCACUGACUGAAUACAUUGCGUUUCAUGUGACUGCUUCACAAUAAAAGCCACCCUGUACUUUGCUAGUGUAAUGAUUUUAAUGUGAAGCAGCAGCAAUAAGAAAUGGGAGGUCAUGGUUAUGGUUAAGAGAACAGCACUGGGGUGGCGGACUCUAAAACUAAAUCUACUGUAUAGAAAGAUAUUUACAGAAUGUAAAUACCUCACAUGGCUAAUGCUGAAAAAAAAAUCAACCAUAAGUAGUAUCAACAGUGGGGUUUGGUUUCAUUAAAAAAUAUCAAAGAUUAUAAGGAGGCGGCUUAUUUUCAUUUUUUUUUAACAUAAAGGCAUAACAGAUAUUUUAAGGACUCCUUAAAUUUGUGACCUAAAUUAUGACAUAACAGCUGAAAAUGUACUUGUCAGCGCUCUCUGGUGGUCAACUAAUGUAAUGGUGACACUGUUUUUAAAUUACUGCAAACUCAUCUUUGGCAUUCCUAGGUUUUAAAGUGAUAUUGGCCAUGCUGACUUAUCGGUCGAGCUCCUUUUUUUUGUCCUCUUCCAGACAACUCUUUUUUUUUUUUUUUUUCCUCUUUGUUUAUCGCCUUUCUCUUCCACGUCUCUGUCUUCUGCCUCUGCAUUUUUUUUACUAUGCACUCGUAAUUUCUCUCGCUCUUUCACCCAGUCUUUACCUCGAUUUGUUUUGCUCUUAUCAGAUUUUGUCUGCCCCCCCCCAACACUCACAUACACACACACACUUACUCUGUCUCCUCUUCCUCUCUCUUCAUCCCCUCUGUUGGCCUCCACUGGCAAAAUGCCACAAGUUUUCCCAUAAGUGGUCCCCCCACUGGUUCUAGACACACACAGUUGUACCCCCCUCCCCACCAAACGUCCUAAACUCAAUACACUUCUUAUCGCAUCUUUGAUCUGCACGGGGGUGUUAUGACAGUUUAUCUUUCCCCGUGGCGCGAGUGAGAGAAGUGCGCUGUUCGUCUAUUCCUGGCUUUGUUUUGAAAGGAGUGCUAAACUCGCUGUUCCACUCCCCGAGCAGAUUCAUGAUAGCGCACAAAUGUGGGAAGCACAGAUCCCUGUGCUGGCCAGCUGUGCAGUCGUGUAGAAGGAAGAUAAAUUUUCGUGCAUGUGUGUGCUUGUGUGUGUCUGUUUCCUCAUGUGUCUGUGUUGUGUUUGUUUGCAAGGAUGUGUAUGCUUGUAUGAGUGUGUGUUUAUACUCAUUGCCGGCCUCACUUUCACCAGGUUACCAGUUAUGCAUUCUGGGAUUUUAUCAUUAUUGUAAACCUGAUACUGUAUAUGUAAUAUGAUAUGUUGAUGUACUGUAAUAUGCAAGUUUGCUCAUUAAAAAGAUCAGUGUCAUCGA